AUGGUGGUGUACGAGCCGGCGUCGUUGUUCGUAAAGCAGCCCAGAUGGGACUAUCGACUUCGCGGCGUGUUCUUCGCCAUUUGGCUGCUGUUUUCCGCGCUGGUCGUGUUUUUGUUGGGCUCGCCGAUCAUCCCCCUCAUCUUCUUCGCCCCGCGGCUGCAUCGUCGUGUGGCCGAUGGAAUUGUUGGGCUGUGGCUGCAAUUGCCUUGUGUGCUGCUUCGACAUCUUUAUGGAUUUCAAGCACACGUCGUUGGCCAUCGGAUUCGUCAUGAUCGACCGGCGCUCAUCAUUAUGAACCAUCGGACAAGCCUUGAUUGGAUGUACUUCUGGCCGGCUCUCUCCCAAAUGGACCCUCGACUCCUCUGCACCGAGAAGAUCACGAUGAAAAGUGUGCUCCGUUGGGUGCCGGGCGCCGGCUGGGCCAUGCAGGUCGCCUCCUACAUCUUUUUGCGCCGCCAGUUCGCCCAAGACGAGGCGACGAUGGCCCGGCAUUUACGCUAUUAUAGCAGUAUCGGGAAUCCUUACCAGGUGUUAAUCUUCCCGGAGGGAACCGAUAAGUGCCCAAAAGCAACGGCUCGCAGCAGCUUGUACGCCCAAAAGAAUGGCCUCGCUGACUUCAAGUACCUCCUGCAACCGCGCGUCACCGGCUUUGUGCACAUGAUACAAGAGAUGCGCCGCUGUGGAUAUAUCGACUUCGUGUACGACGUGACGAUUGGAUUCGGCGAUCGGCUGGUGCAAAAUGAGCUAGAUCUGCUGCGGCACGGCGAGCUAGCCAAGCACGUUCAUUUUCGUGUGGAGGAGGUGGCGAUCGAUCGAUUGCCGGCUGACGACGAGGGGUUGAAGGAGUGGCUGAUGGGGAGAUGGGCAGAGAAGGAGAAAAUUUUGAAGAGUUUCUACGACCGCACCGACAAUUCGAAGACGUUCGAGAUGCCCGCCGGGGGUCAGGAUUGGCCGCUGCAAACGCGCGAUGCCAUUUUUCAGAACAUCCUUGCCGGAUGUCUGUCUGUCGUCAUCAACGUGUGGGCCCUCGGGUUGUGGCAGUGGCCGGCGCAGCGGCUCUAUGUGCUGGUCGUCUGCACACUUUUUGCCUGGAUUGGCUAUCGCUACGACGGCUGGGAGCGCAUCACUGCCGACAGCUUCAAUCCGCCGCCC